GAGAUUUGGCGGGAAAAUGUCCUUCCUAAAUUACCUCCUUGAGCGCGGGAACACACACACAGAGUCACAGACACAGUGAGGGGGCGAGUCAGAGAGCGAAAGGAGAAGAAGAAGAAGAAGAAGAAAAUGGUGGGAGUAGCUUACGAUUGCCUGGCGAACCCUCUGGGAGCGGUACGAUCGUCGUUCGAGAAGGCCAUAGCCUCAGGCUCUGAUCCCGCCUCCUUCGACGGCAAGGAUUGGGGAGCCCUCGAUCUCUUCCGCCAUUUUCUUUUCGAUCAGGCUGGCCUCUCUCAGGUUCCAAUUCUGAACCAGAAAACUGUAAAAUGGGUUCAGCCCAACAGUCUGGUUCGGUUCAGGGGCAUGAUACAAGACAUGUUGGGAAACGAGUUCUAUGCUGGUGCUUAUAAGGAUGGGACGGUAUGGAGAACUAACAAGUUCAUGGAUGUUUCCCAAGCCCCCAUUGAUUCUUCAUCUGAUAUGCGGAUUUGGGAACGCAAUUUGCUCUACUGCGUCCCUGUUCCAGGACAGAAUUCAUGGACAGAAUCUUCUGCUGAAGCAGUAAUGCAUGAAAGUAUGAAUUGGGCAUCCCAACAGAGAGAGAAGCGCAGGAGAUUUGAAGAUGAAGCUGUUGAUAAAAUGGAUUCGAUAGUCUCCAGUUAUGGGUCUCAAGGUCCUCCUAGCGCCAAAAAGAUGAGAGAGGAUGGACAUCCGUCCCAAACUACUCAAUUUCAGGAGUCAACUACUGUGGCUACCUGCUCUAGCAGAAGCAUGGAGCCUGAUAUUGACAGGGAUUCGCUUGCUUGUAUUGUCAAGAUUUAUGAUCCCCCAGAGUCUGAAUUGAAGCUAAAUGAAGUUUUUGAGUUUGUUGGAGUCCUUACUUUAGAUUCAGAUUUUCAAGUAGACAAGGAUGAAAAUGAUGAUUUCUCAAAUGGUUUCAGUGAAGAUGCUUUGGUCCAUUUUCCUCCCAACAAGGUACCACGCCUCCACUGUUUUAUUCACCGGAAGCUUUCAGUCCACGACUUAAUCCAGAGUUCCCCCAUGAUGGAGCCAAAGCCCCACUUGGUGAAAGGGAUAAGGGAAACUCUUCUGAGGCAUCUUACAAUUGUUCUUGGUAAUGAUGAUCUUGCUGCUCAUUUCAUGUUGUUGCAUCUUCUAUCGAGGGUGAAUUCUAGAGUUGACACUGUUGCUGUAGGGAAGCUUUCUCUAAAUCUCACAUGUUUUAACAAAGAAAGUGUGUCUGUGUUUGGCACUCAGCUUAGUCUUGCAAUCGAGAAUUUAUUGCCUAUCACUCAAUGUAUACCUCUAACUAUUGACUAUCUUAACACUGCUUCUCUUGCUCCGAGAAAGGAUUAUGAGACAAAUAGAUUGAUAACUGGAGUUCUGCAGCUGGCUGAGGGCACACACUUAAUGAUUGAUGAGACCCAAUUGGUAUCAGGGACCCUCAACCCUGUUGGGGUUGAGAAUGCAAGAUUGCUUAAAAAUUUAAUGGAGUUUCAGAAGGUGGAAUAUGAUUUUAAGUACUAUAAAAUGGAUAUGCCAGUUGAUAUCCAGCUGCUAAUACUUUCUGAAGGAAAAUCAAACAUUUUGCCAGCUGAUUUAGUUAUACCUUUCCAACCUUCUUCAGUGGGUUCCUCUGAAACUGUUUCUGCAGAAGCACUAGAGGCUUGGAGAUGGUACUUGACUACGCUUAGAUCGUUGCCUCAUUCUAUCGAUUCAGAAAUGCAGAAGGUUAUAGAAAACGACUUGGUUGAAGCAAGACAAGCAGAUCGGAGCUUAGGGGGUCAAGAUUUUAGCAGAUUGCUGACAAUGGGCCGCCUAAUCUGUAUGAGUCUUGGUGAAACCUGUCUAUCAUUAGAACAUUGGCAAAUGGUUAAGGAACUGGAAAGGCUAAGAAGGGAGAGGCUCAAGUGAAAUUAUGCUAUUAGUAAAUGUAGUUUGUUUAAUUAAAUGUUUGUAAAUUCUUGCCAACGCUGUUAAUCAAAUUCCAUUGAAGAGGUUUCUUAGUGCUUCAGUUGUUGACAUUGAACCAACUAAUUUCGAACUGUUGUCCAGAUGGGUUUCGAUGUUAGGCUUUAAAAGCAUAAAAAAUUUCCGUGGUUUUGGUUUC